AUGACUACUUCCACCAUACCUAUCAAAAUCUCCACAAAAGCCAUUGCCCAAGAAUUCUUGGACAAAUAUGACACUUUCUUAUUCGAUUGUGAUGGUGUCUUAUGGCUAGGUUCUCAUCUUUUACCUUCUGUUAAAGAGACUUUGAAUCUUCUAGAAGAAUCAGGCAAAAAAGUUAUGUUUGUCACGAAUAACUCUACUAAAUCAAGGGCUGCUUACACCAAGAAAUUUGCUUCCUUUGGUAUUAAAGCUACUCAAGAACAAAUCUUUACCUCUGGUUAUGCUGCCGCUGUCUAUGUGCGCGAUUUCUUGCAAUUGACUCCAGGAAAGGAUAAAGUUUGGGUCUUUGGUGAAACUGGGAUCUCUGAAGAGUUGAAGUUGAUGGGAAUCGAUUCAUUAGGUGGUGCUGACCCAAGACUACUGGAAUCGUUCGACCCGGAAACAAGUCCAUUCUUGAAAGAUGGUUUGGAUCCAGCUGUUACUUGUGUCAUUGCAGGUCUCGAUACAAAGAUUAGUUAUCAUAAAUUAGCCAUGACUUUGAAAUAUUUACAACAAGAUGGUGUCAAGUUCGUAGGCACAAAUGUGGAUUCUACUUUUCCACAAAAGGGCCAUAUUUUACCAGGUGCUGGUUCCAUGGUGGAAUCAAUUGCCUUUGCAGCUGGUAAAAAACCAGUUUACUGUGGUAAACCAAACCAAAAUAUGUUGAACUCCAUUGCUUCAGUGAUGGAUCUUGAUAGAUCAAGAACUUGUAUGGUAGGUGAUAGAUUGAACACAGACAUGAGAUUUGGUACCGAAGGUAACUUGGGUGGUACUUUAUUAGUAUUGACUGGUAUCGAAACUGAAGAAAGAGCUUUACAAAAAUCAGAUGAAUAUCCAACUCCAAAAUAUUAUGCUGAAAAAUUAGGUGAUGUUUAUGAAUUGACUCAUUAA